AGACGGGAGCUUGAGUCUCUAGCCACUCGCGGCUCCUCACGCUUACUGCCGGCCUCCUCCACUCGGAAGCACCCCAGAAUCUCAGCCCAGGCCGGGUGCCAGGCACGAGCCAGCCCACCUGCCCUCCUUGCCCAGACGCGCACCGCCCCCUCCUCGAGGUCCUAGGUUCUGCUUUCCUCAGCCUUCGUUCCUCAAGCCAGUCCCAGCGCUUGCCGGGCAGGGUGGGCAUCAAGAUGAAGGCGGCCCGCUUCAUGAUGCGCAGCGCCGGCCUGGUGCCCCGCGAGGUCGAGCAUUUUUCACGCUACAGCCCGUCCCCGCUGUCCAUAAAGCAGCUCCUGGACUUUGGUUCAGAAAAUGCGUGUGAAAGAACUUCUUUUGCAUUUUUGAGACAAGAAUUGCCUGUGAGGCUAGCCAAUAUCCUGAAGGAAAUUGAUAUCCUCCCUGAUCGAUUAGUCAAUACUUCUUCAGUGCAAUUAGUUAAAAGCUGGUAUAUCCGGAGCCUGAUGGAUUUGGUAGAAUUCCAUGAGAAAAGCCCAGAGGACCAGAAAGCAUUAUCAGAUUUUGUAGAUACUCUCAUCAAAGUUCGAAAUAGACACCACAAUGUAGUUCCGGCCAUGGCACACGGAAUCAUAGAAUAUAAAGAUGGCUGUACAGUUGACCCAGUCACCAAUCAAAAUCUUCAGUAUUUCUUGGAUCGAUUUUACAUGAACCGUAUUUCUACCCGGAUGCUGAUGAACCAGCAUAUUCUUAUAUUUAGUGACUCACAGACAGGAAACCCAACUCACAUUGGAAGCAUUGAUCCAAACUGUGAUGUGGCAGCUGUGGUCCAAGAUGCCUUUGAGUGUUCAAAGAUGCUUUGUGACCAGUAUUAUUUAACAUCUCCAGAAUUAAAGCUCACACAAGUGAAUGGAAAAUCGCCAGGCCAACCAAUUCACAUUGUGUAUGUACCUUCUCACCUUCAUCAUAUGCUCUUUGAACUAUUCAAGAAUGCGAUGAGAGCAACAGUUGAACACCAGGAAAAUUGGCCUUCCCUUACACCAAUUGAAGUGACUGUUGUCUUGGGAAAAGAAGAUCUUACAAUUAAGAUUUCGGACAGAGGAGGUGGCGUUCCCCUGAGGAUCAUUGACCGCCUCUUUAGUUACACAUACUCCACUGCACCAACGCCCGUGAUGGAUAAUGCCCGGAAUGCUCCUUUGGCUGGUUUUGGUUAUGGCUUGCCAAUUUCUCGUCUCUAUGCCAAGUACUUUCAAGGAGAUCUGAAUCUCUACUCUAUGUCAGGAUAUGGAACAGACGCCAUCAUCUACUUAAAGGCUUUAUCUUCAGAGUCUGUAGAAAAACUCCCAGUCUUUAACAAAUCAGCCUUCAAACAUUAUCAGAUGAGCAUCGAAGCUGACGACUGGUGUAUCCCAAGCAAGGAACCAAAGAACCUGUCAAAGAGGAAAGUGGCUCUGUGAAGAGGGACACUCGGGACACUUUACGGGAUCAAAGUGGGUCUACGCCAGUGCUGCUUCCUGCAUGGUUGCGUGUGAACUGUUGUUUCCUCAAAAACAAACAAAAGCAACAAAAACUCCUUGAUCGGAACAGUGGUGCAAAGAGGAACGAAGCCCGUUUCUCUGACCCAGGAAAGUGUAAUGCAGGCGUUAUUCUUUAACUUAGCAUAACGUACGAGCUUAUAUCAAAUCCAUGAAAAGCCUCAGUUUGCCAUGUCUAUAUCAACAAGGAUGGGAAUGCGAGCAAAGUGAAGAUAUAAGCUAGCACUUGCAACAGACUGAUAUUUUAGGCCUGCGGUUGAUGGCAUAAGAUAUUGGUAUUUAUUGCAUAUCAAGUGUCAAUAUGCCAAUAUUUCCCUGCCAUCAAAGGAGUGGGGCUUAGUUUGCGCUAUGUCAUUAGAAGUGUAUGUAAAGGUACAUUUCCUAUAUUUCUGUGUGCUCUAGGGAGGAAAAGCUGGUGACUAAAUAACAUUUACUUUGUAUGUUAUUUGAAUGAGGAGGAAUGAGUCAAAACGUUUU